GUGGGAGGGGGGGGGAAUGUUGUCUAGGCUGUCGUAUUCUCGAAGCGUGGCGGGCCCGCUGGGAACGGCUCCACUCUGCGCCGUGAGCGCGGCCGGCGCACGUAGCGUAGGAGCGUUCGCAGGGGCUGCGGUGCGGGCGGCCGCUCUGCGGGGAGCGGCAGGAGCCACCUGUUGAAGCAGUAGCCACAGACAGCUGAGACCUGUGUAAAGUUGUCACACAAGGGGAGGAGACUGAAACCAGGAAACCUUGACUGUGUGGUCUGUAGACCUAGGAUUUCUUCCGACAGACUAGUUCAGGAUGACUUCUCAUCAGAGAUGGUUUCCGAAAGGGGCCUGAUGGACACAGAGCACCACAGCCUUUAAACACAAGAACUGCAGUCAGGGGAGCUCCUGCGGGUCUGGAGCUUGGAUUUUUCUCCCUCCUUUUCCUCCCUGGAGAUGUUCGAGAAGUUUACUCUGUCCUCUUCCUCAGCACCUGAAGCCUUCCAGGGCAAUGAUUUCACAGCCAAAUCAGACCACCAGAGAGAGAAGAGGAUUGUGCAUUUGAUGCGGGCCUUCAUUGCAAUUGAACAGAAAUUUACACGCUUGAUUUUCCACUCCUGAAAGGGCUGCCUGUGCCUCUUUUUCUCUGUGUGUAUUUUGAGAAGUUCCUCUCUGAUCUUGUUCUGAGUUCCUGGACUUUUCUCAGAGCCUGCCCAUGGCUUUCCUGAUGAAGAAAAAGAAGUUUAAAUUUCAGACCAGUUUCACCCUGGAGGAGCUGACUGCUGUCCCCUUUGUGAAUGGUGUUCUGUUCUGCAAAAUAAGGCUGCUGGAUGGAGGGGACUUUGUUAGUUUGUCUUCCAGAGAAGAAGUGCAGGAGAACUGUGUCCGCUGGAGGAAGAAAUUCACUUUUGUGUGUAAAAUGAGUGCCAAUCCUGCCACUGGUCUCCUGGAUCCCUGCAUCUGCCGAGUAUCUGUGCGUAAGGAGCUGAAGGGCGGAAAAACCUACUCCAAGCUGGGUUUUGCUGAUCUGAAUCUGGCAGAAUUUGCUGGCUCUGGAUUCACUGUCCGAUGCUGCUUGCUGGAAGGGUAUGAUACCAAGAACACCCGGCAAGAUAACUCCAUCCUAAAGGUCAUAAUUGGAAUGUCCCUGCUCUCUGGGGACCCCUGCUUCAAAACGCCUCCUUCCACAGCCAAAUCCAUUGCCAUUCCGGGGCAAGACUCCUCCCUGCAGUUGACCUGUAAGGGCGAGGGGACUACCAGUAGCACCAGUGGCUCAGCCACUAUCGGAGCAGUGCGCCAGGCCAAGUCAAGACCCACCAUUCUCAGUUCAGGUGUUCCAGAGGAACCAGACCAGAAUCUGUCCAGUCCAGAGGAAGUGUUCCACUCAGGGCACUCACGGAACUCCAGUUAUGCCAGCCAGCAGUCCAAAAUCUCUGGUUAUAGCACGGAGCACUCUCGCUCCUCCAGUAUGUCUGAUUUGACCCACCGCCGGAAUACGUCCACCAGCAGCAGUGCCUCGGGGGGACUCAGUUUGACAGUGGAGUGUCCUGAGGGAGAGCGGGACCACAAAUUAGAGAAACCACCUCGCCCCCCAAGACCAGCCCUCCUGUUGGAUAGGUCAUCCCGAAGGAAAAAGGAUUCGGUGGAGAGUCACCCAACCUGGGUGGAUGAUACUAGAAUUGAUGCUGAUGACAUAGUGGAGAAAAUUAUGCAGAGUCAGGAUUUCACGGAUGUCAGCAACACUGAAGACAGUAACCUGAGGCUGUUUGUGAGCAGAGAUGGCACAACUACACUGAGCGGGAUUCAGCUGGGCAACAGGGCCUCAUCUGGAGUUUAUGAGCCAGUGGUGAUUGAAACCCGUUAAAUGUGAAGAACAGGGUAGACCUGCUGGCAACAGACUCCUUCCCCCGUCCUCUGCCACAUGGAUGCCAAUCUUUACCUCUCUUCAUGCAACAUUCCAGAAGGGAUUUCUCCAGACCCCUCCCCUUACAUUUGCACUGCAGCACUCCUCUGAGACCAUACCACUCCAGAACCUGCACUUUUCCUGACUUGGCAUUAACUCCCCAUUCAUCACAAUGCUUCCAAACCCCCCGAAUUCCCUGCAGAUCUAAGGGUCUGUCAGGAAGCCGCUUCUUUGCUGGAGGAUGUUCCUCCCUUCCCCAGUCCCUCAUUCCAUGCAUUGCUUCCUUACUAGGGACUUCUCCACUCCAAAUCAUUGGGUUGUACCACUGUGAACUUUUCAAACCACUGAAGGGGGUAACCAGAACUGACAAACCAGGAGAGCAGCUUGUGGUUGAAAUGACGAGCUGGCCGCUUGCAAGAUACUUGAUUACGCUGAUUCUACAUUAUGGAUGGCAAGGAAACUUCACCUCCGAUGGCUUCAUUUUACUGAGCAAUGAAUCAAAAAAACCAACCCCCCAGUCAUCUGCUCAUAGGAAACGUUUCCCAAAAGUGCAUUUCAGAAAAUAGACUGAGAUGGAGCUCGAUGUUAAAGGUUAAAUGCUACCGCUUGUUAGCAAAACUAACUGCAGUACUGACUUCCACUGCUGGGCAUGGGAGGCCACUUUCUUCGGUUGCUAUUAGCAGGAGCACUUUAGAGAUUCUGUAUGUACCUUGAACAGGGGCUAUGAUUGGUUGUGACGGUCUCUCAUGUCAUGGCAGGAGUAUCUAAACGGUUGUCUUUCUCAGCCAGAGCCAGUCACGGAACUGUUUCUGGUGGGCAAUUCUUGCUGUGUGAAAAGCAAGCCAUUGUCAAGCCAGUUUCCUCCUAUGUGGAGGAGAAGCUUUAACGAGUGCAAAAAGAACUGGCUAAAUGCACUGGCUAUGGCAGCCAUUCUCCUCCCCUCCCGGGGUGCUAACUCUGGGUCUGACAUGCAGCAGGCUUAAGCGUCUUGGUUGAUCUUUUCAUGCUUCAGCUUUUUCUAGUUUCUGCAGUUGCCUGACAUGUUAACUGCCCUUUUCCCUGGCGUGAUGUGGCAGAAAAGACGUGAGCCUUUUUCAGCUCCCUGCAGGCUGCCUUUGCAGCUUUUGCUGUACAGAUGCUUUCAGCCUAUAAGCUAUUUCUUUGUGGUGCCCGUUCCUUCUUUGCUGUUGUCCUGUAGUAGCACUCAGAAGCCAUGCACUUUGACUAACAGCACACUCCAGGUGACUGGCAAUGUACAUGUGCGUGUGCACACAUCCCCUCACACACAAACACGCUGUCCCAUUUAGUCGAAAAAGAGAUUUGUAAUUGAUCUUUUUGUGUGUGAAAUUCUUAAUGAUGGCCAAGCUUUUUUCAGGAUUAAAGGUUGUGUCCCUAGGUAACUAGAACACACGCAAGUGAGCUGCUGGGAAAGGCAAUUCCGCCGAAGACUGCAAGACUGAAGGGGCCUGGAUUUCUAGUCUGACAAGCACAGGAGGCUUGGGUGCUGAUUCAGUGAGCAGCGUAGCGAGGCUGGUUCUAGCUACCGAUGCCACGGACCCUCCAGUUCCUCUUUGCUUGCUGUAGCUGUGCAGACAGCAUCUUAGGUGUGCACUUUUUCUUUAGCUCACCUACCUUCCCUCAGAGGAAAUUAACCAGUCUUGGCCUAGGCCCGUCCAACCUUCUGGCUGAACGUAGGAAAGCGCUCUUGGUUGGACCAAGGCCUCACUGAGUCUGUCUUUGUCAUACCUGCGUGCGUUUUAAUUCUAAUCUCCUCUCCACUCAGGUUGGCACUGGGUAGCAGGUUGGUGAGAUGCUCUGCUGCCUUAGGUAGGGGUUGGCUUUACACUGUUUAGGACUCCAAGGGGCUGGAGAAGGGGGACAUGGGUUGCUUGCCUCUCCCUCCAGAGCUGCUGCCAAAGAGACUGGGUUGGCUGGUCCAAUCAGUACAGGAGCCCCUCCAGCAGUAACUUGUGCUGUUUUCCAUGUGGACAGAGGCACACCCACCAUUCCCAUUGACCUCAGUGGGAACUGCGGGCAUGCCACACUCUUGGAAAUUGGCUCGUCUGCAACCUUGCAGCAGCAGCUCAAUGGCUUGAGAGGGGACAAGUAAUACAGGAAGGAGUCCAAAGCCAGGUCAGUUUAGCUGCUUCCCUCUUGUUACUUCAGCAGUGGCUGGGAACCAAGAGCCUGUAUUCUGGGCUCCAGUUGGCGAGAGACAGCUGGUCCCUGAGGGACAUUUGCUGUUAGACAUGUCACAAAACACCCUUUGGAGUGAAGGGGGAACUAGCUCCUUCAGGAAGACGAGGGGAGGAGCAGGUUAGCUUUCCAGAAACCGUGUCCUCCCAUCACCAGGCUGGCAAGCAACCCUAACCUCUGAUCCUGAGACAUUGGAGAGCUGCAGCCUCUGUGUAGAUUGUUGUCUUUGCAGCAGCUCAGUGCUCUGCUCUUUAAAUUCUUGACAGGUUUUUGGUGCCUCUGGGUCUUGUUCCCUGGCAGUUGUUGAUGACUUUGCAGACCUUGGCUUGUUGGCAACUUUUAGCUCAGAGCCCGCAGCUAUAGUCCUGUGGAACGUGUAUAGUUCAGCUAACCUUUGAUUGGUCAGAACAGGGCUCGGACCAGGGGGAAGGAGAGAGUGGUCUUUUUGCAUACCACACCAAAUUCCAGCUUUGCAUCCUCACUCCCAAGUGAUGCUCAGCAGUCCCGCAGCCUGGUGCUGCGUGUGUAUUUUGGAGCAUCAAGGGAGUCUUAAGCUGGCACUGGGAUUGUCUGGACAGCAGAUCUGCUGCCUGGCCGGAAGCUUUGUAUCUUGCAAGCACUUUUUUUCCUUGUGGCAUUGCCGGUAUUUGUUGCUAGUUGGGAUGCUAAAGAAUAUUUUGUGAGUUUGUCAAAUUCAAACCACUGGUUAAGUUUCCUUUUUUUUUUCCUUGAAGUUUAUUGAAGUUUUAUAAACCCAGCAGGCUGGUAUUCUUUGACUGCAUUGUGAUGUUGUCAUUGUUUCAUUGGUAUUUUAUUCCUGGGGGAGUAAAGGGGAGGUAAUUUUUCCUCCCCCAAUUGUCUGUUUCUCAGGAGAUCCAGAAAUGAACAAAGGAAAGGCCCCAUGGUGAGAUUUUUGCAUCCCUCAUCAGUGGUGUAGGCCCUGGUCUCAGUUGCAGGAGAGCAGGAGGGUUAAGUUGGGCUGAGCCAGGGGAGCAGAGCUGGAUUCCCUGCCCCCUGCCCUCAGCCCAUGGGCCAAGUUGGAAUGGCCUGGAUCCCAUACUCCCCGUUACAGCAGAUUAACAUUUCAAGAGCUUUCUAUUUGGAAGCCCACCACAAAGCGUGGGAUCUUCAGCCUAGUAUCUUUUUUUACUAACUUUUUUUAAAGAAAUUGUAAACUAAAGAAAUAUCUGGGAAGGGCAGAUGGGAAGGUCGUGACUAGGCACAGCCCCCCAAAUGAGUCAGAGAAGGAGACUGGCUCGGCUCUGCCCGAGGUGGGAAUGGGGAAAGGAUGGCCUAAAACCUCUAGUUCCUCUAUGACUGGCACUUUAGAUGGGAGCUUUCAUGCUGUCCUGAUUCCAAGUUAAGGACAGUCAGUUUUAGUGUCACCUUCUGGAGGGAAAGUUUAGCCCUUUUUAAAUGUUUUUUUUGGGUUUUAGAGUGUUCUGAACUGGGCUGAGACCUGAAGAAAGUUGUUGCAUUAAAAUCUUAAUAGGAGGAGUUGAUUUUAUUUUUUGUUUUGUUUUAAAUUCAUGGCUGUGCAGCUGGACUCUGCACUCUCAACCUCUGGGAAACCUCACUGCAGGUACGCUUGAGACUCGAUUACCCAGGUGAAAGGCUCCCCUCCUGGGGAGAGGGAGCUGAGCGAACCUUCCCUGCCCCUGUCCCUUAGCUGCCUUACCUCAGGAGCUGCUAACUAGUUCAUUGCUCCUCUUCUCUUCCCCAAUCCCACACUGAGGGAAUUGCUGCUCCAGUGAUUCAGUCCUGUGGACAGGGCUGGUCUCUCAGGGCUUGUUCCCACAAACACUACCCUGGUAGCUAGUGUUUGUGGCAUUUACAAGCCACCGCCUCUACCUAGUGGGCUGAUCCUGCAAAGUCCUCACCCCCCACCCCAGCCUUCAAGCUGCAUUUUCCAUCAGCCCUCCUCUGCAGUCCUAUCCCAUUCUCCUCCACAGCACUAAGGAGCUGUUACUCCUACCCCCCUGGGAAGGAGUGAGCAUAGAAAACCUGGGAAACCAAGAACUUGGGAGAAGGUUUGAGCUGGAGGUGCAGCUGAUCCUUUUACUUGCCUUGAGAGCAUAAAAAAAUGUUUGUUAAAGCCCAUAUUUUUUCAUGUGAGGGAAAGGGGAGAUCAUGUUUUAUUCUCUUAAAAGUGAAUUGAGCUCAGAGAUCAGAAGAAAAGCGCACUUGAUUUAUAUUCAGAUGCUCUAGAGAGAGAUUACAGAUAUUUUUGGAAAGGGAAUGGGUCUAUGCAAAUUUCCAAAAUUGCUUGAAAGAUAGUUUAACAUUUUUUUACUUUUGAAAUCUAAAGAAGAGAAAAUCUAAUUUUUUUUCAUAAAGCAGAAGUGCGUGUAGAAAGAAGCUACUUCCACUACUCUAUUUUGAUGAUGAUUCUUGGAAAGUUGAUGGGCUGGAGGGAAUGACUAUUUUCACCAUUUUUAUCUUGUUCCUCUAGUUUUUUGUUUCUUUUCUAAUGGAAUACUGUGCCGUCUUUGAUUCAGCAGAUCGUGUCUGUAUUUUCUGUAUCUGGUUCCUAAUGUAGAGAAAUAACAAAUAUAAGUGGAAAUCAAUAUAAUGUCAAAAUGUUAUGGUUUUGGGGAAAAUAAAAGGUUUUUUUGGUACUUCA